GGCGGGAGCCAUGCCCAGGGUAACGCUGAGCGGCGUCACGGUGGAUUUUCCCUUCCAGCCCUACCAGUGCCAGGAGGUCUACAUGACCAAGGUGCUGGAGUGUCUGCAGAAGAAGGUAAAUGGCAUUUUGGAGAGCCCCACGGGCACGGGGAAGACCCUGUGCCUGCUGUGUGCCACGCUGGCCUGGAGGGAGCACUUCAAAGACUCCCUCUCGGCCCGGAAGAUCGCCCAGCGGCUGGGGGGGGUGGAGCUCUUCCCCGAGAGGCCCCUCUCCUCCUGGGGCAGCGCGGCCACGGGUGCUGACAUCCCAGGUUACUACACUGAUGUUCCUAAAAUAAUCUAUGCCUCCAGGACUCACUCACAGCUCACACAGGUCAUUAACGAGCUGAAGAACACGGUGUACAGGCCCAAGAUCUGUGUGUUGGGUUCCAGAGAGCAGCUCUGCAUCAACCCUGAAGUGAAGAGACAGGAGAGCAACCACAUGCAGAUCUACAUGUGCCGGAUGAAGGUGAUGGCUCGUGCUUGUCACUUCUAUAACAAUGUGGAAGAAAAGAGUACAGAGAAAGACCUGAUGGAAUCAAUCAUGGAUAUUGAGGACUUGGUUAAAAAUGGAAACAAGCACAGAGCUUGUCCUUAUUAUCUCUCUCGAAGCCUGAAGCAGCAAGCAGACAUUAUUUUUAUGCCUUACAACUACUUACUGGACUCAAAGAGCCGCCGAGCCCACAACUUGGACCUGAAGGGGACUGUGGUCAUACUUGAUGAAGCUCACAAUGUGGAGAAGCUGUGUGAGGAGUCAGCCUCCUUCGACCUCAGCCCCUACGAUCUGGCCUCGGCGCUGGACGCCCUCAACCUCUUGCUGGAAGAGCAAGCCAAGGUGGUGCAGCAGAAUGAAGUCAAUGCUGAGUUCAAUAUGGAGUUGGUCAGUUCAGGAUUGAACAUGGAACUUGAAGAUCUAGCAAAGAUAAAGAAAAUUCUUCUUCAGCUGGAAAGUGCUAUUGAUGCAGUGGAGCUGCCACCGAAUGGUAGUGGAGUCACCAAAGAGGGAAGCUACAUCUUUGAUCUGUUUGCAGAGGCCCAAAUAACAUUCCAGACCAAAUCCUCACUCCUGGAGUCAUUAGAGCAGAUUUUACAGUUUCUUGCAGGCCGUACUGGGAUAUUUGUCAAUACAUCUGGAUUGCAUAAGCUCUCAGAUAUUAUCCAGACAGUUUUCAACAUGGAUCCUCCAGAAGGCACGACAGGUUUCCUGCCACAUCAGUCGGUAUCUAAGCAUUACAAGGUACAUAUUCAUCUGGAUAACAAUAAUCAGAAGAAGAAACAAAGGACAGACCUCUGGAGUUCAUCAUCUACAAAAAGACAAGGAAAGACCUUGAGUUACUGGUGCUUCAGCCCUGGGCACAGCAUGCAUGAGCUCGUUCGACAGGGAGUCAGGACCAUUAUCCUCACUAGUGGGACCCUCUCCCCCCUCUCAUCCUUUACAAUGGAAAUGCAGAUCCCUUUUCCUGUUUGCUUGGAGAAUCCUCAUGUUAUUGAGAAACACCAGCUUUGGGUUGGGAUCAUUCCCAAGGGACCUGAUGGAACUGUGCUCACUUCUACCUUUGAAAGAAGGUUUUCAGAGGAUUAUUUAUCUUCUCUGGGGAAAACAGUUGGUAACCUGGUGCGAGUUGUGCCACAUGGCCUCUUGGUCUUCUUCCCAUCCUAUCCUGUGAUGGAUAAGAGCCUGGAAUACUGGAGGGAGCACGACUUUGCCAAGAGAAUAGAGGAAGUGAAGCCGAUGUUUGUGGAGCCCAGGAACAAAGGAAGCUUUGCAGAGGUGAUGGGAGCCUACUAUGAUAAAGUUGUCUGUCCUGCAUCCAAUGGAGCUGCUUUUCUGGCUGUGUGCCGGGGGAAGGCCAGUGAAGGCUUGGACUUUGCUGACAACAAUGGACGAGGAGUCAUCAUUACUGGGCUUCCGUUUCCUCCUCGCAUGGAGCCCAGGGUCGUUCUAAAGAUGCAGUUCCUGGAUGAAAUGAGAAGAAGUGGUGCAGGUGCUCAGUAUUUAUCUGGGAGGGAGUGGUACAGCCAGCAAGCUUCCCGGGCAGUAAACCAGGCCAUUGGCAGGGUCAUCCGGCACCGCCAGGACUACGGGGCCAUCUUCCUCUGUGACCACAGGUUCACAACUGGUGAUGUGAGGGGCAAGCUGCCCUCCUGGGUCCGUCCCUACGUCAACGUCUAUGACAAUUUCGGACACGCAGUCAGAAGCGUCUCCCUCUUCUUCCGUGUUGCUCAGGAAAUUAUGCCCCCACCCCUGCCACAGUGCCCUCCUGCCUCUGCUGGUUCCCUCAGUGAAAAUACAGCACCAUCAACUUCAGCUGAGCAGAUCCUCUCUCUGAAAAAAGCCAAAAAUUUGGAUGACCAUGUUCCUAGUUUGAAGAGGAAAAGAAAAGUAAAUGGAGAUGGAGGAUCCAGCCUGUGCACCGAGUAUGAACAAGAGCUCCUCUCCCCUGGAAGACACUGUGCUGGGCUCCUGGAUGCUCUGGAGCGCAGUGAGAAGAGCAAUGAAGAUGCAGAGGAGGAAAGUGACUGGUCAGGAGAGGAGAAGGCACAACGUUUGUCAACACUCUCCCUUCAGUAUGAGAAGAGGUUAACAGAUGAGCAGAAAGGAGGAAGGAAGAAAAUAAAGCUCAUCAGCAAUACACAAGCUGAUAAGAAACCAGACCCAGCAGAGCCCAAGAAGGCCCGAGCGACUCUCUACAUCGCAACGGUGAAGGAGACCCUGAGCCAGCAGAACUAUGAGCUCUUCUCUAAGGCCCUUCAGCACUACAAGACAACAGAUGACUUCCCUGCCAUGUUAUCUCAGAUGAGCUCCCUCUUUACAGAGGAUGAAAACAAGCAUGUCUUGUUACGAGGAUUUUACCAGUUUGUUCGACCUCAGCAUAAAAAGCAGUUUGAUGAAGCCUGUUGCAGUCUGACUGGAGUGGGUUGUGGCUACAAACCUGAGCACAGCCUCCUGCGGGAGGAGAGAGAGACGCUGGCCAAGGAAGGAGAACUAAAACAGAGUCAGCAGAAAACUGCCUUCUCCAAGGACUCGUGUGCUCAGCUGAACCCUGGGCUGCACCUGAACCGUGGAGGGUGUCACUUGACAGCAGGACUGAAGAGAGCAGGGCAGAAUGCCAGUCGAGCUCCAAGGAAGGACACUGAAAAAGCCUCCAGCUGUAGGAGGGAUCACCACCAGGUCCUCAGGGCUGCCUACCUGCAGGACGUGAGAAGGGCUUUGGACAAGAGCACCUACAGCCGUUUCUAUGAAGCACUGCUGAGGUACAAGAGGACAGAUGACUAUGAUGCCAUGAUACCAGUGAUAGCAGCCCUCACCACUGAGAGGCCAGAGGACUUUCAUCUUCUACAAAGGUUUUACAUCUUUGUGCGUCCUCACCACAAGCAGCAGUUCAGAGAGAUGUGCAAAGAUCUGACUGGGAUGGUCUGUGGAGAGGGAGAGAAGCAAUGGCAACAGCUGGGCAAAGGUGAAGGGAUCCCUUUGGAGAGCUGGUGCCCUAAAGAAGAAGACAGCCACGUGCAAGGUACAGCCACUUCUAGGGGUGAGGCACCAGAGACAGUUCAGAGGAAGAUUUCCUCCUUCUGCUUUAACCAGCAACUCGAACUGCCAAAGGCUGAAGGAUCAAAGGCAACCAGUCAGACGAGGGCAGCCACGGACCCUGGAGCUGUGCCCAUCUUCCCCCUCGAGAUGGAGCCAGAGUGUGGAAGAUUCCUGUGCUCUAACUGCAGCUCGGAGGAUGAUGUGCCUUUUAAAUGUCCUUUCUGUGACUUCACUUGCUGCAAAACCUGCUGGGAGCAGUUCUUACAGGUGGUGAAAGAGUGCCCAGGAUGUCACAGUGAAGUGAAGAGGCAGCGAUUAAUCCAAGUGUUCUUCUGGCUGUGACCCCCUGCUGGAAGGGCAGGUGCCUGGUGUGAGCAGAGGGAAGGGCUGGGGCUGCCAGCUGGGAUGAGAGCAGGAUGAGGAGCCUUGAUCCUUGGCACGGGAUUCCCAACAUGGAUCAUUUCUUGACAAGUCUGAAUGGUUUCUCUGGCCACUGCCAGGAGACAAAGCAGAAUGUUGUCCUCUGUUGGAACUGAGAAGGUUAAUGCCUUAUUUCUGUUAGCCUGUGCAUUCUGCUGGGGCCAGUCUUGGGCUGGAAUUGUACAUCCUGGAGGUGGCAGGCAUUCCUGGGCCCCUCAGGUAAUACCAAACCUUGGAAAAACCCUCGGAGCAGGCACUGCAGGAGGGCUGAGCUGGUGAUCUGAGGCCAGAUGACCCAUCCCUACCACACUGGUGUUCCUGGAAGAAGGGAUUCUACACUCCCUGUCUGGUGUUGGGCAGCGGCUGCUGCCUGCAAGAGCAGAUGAUUCUGAAGGAUGACUUAAAAAGCAAAUUCCAGUGGUUGGAGAGUGAGCAGAAACCCUCCCUUGUCUGCUCUGCAUCCCAGGGCCUGAUUCCUUCUGUUGUGCUGGGAUCUUUGGGAACCAGGCUGCUUAGGAGGCUUCGUUUUCUGCUCAGUACUGAUACUGCCAUGGUACCUGUGUUACCUGCUGCUUACUUUCCAAGAUGAAGAAAGAAUUAAUUGCUUUAAAACUUUUAAAUAGAUCAAGUUAGAUGGCUCAAAAAGAAUAAUCCCUUAGCACAUCCACUCUCUGUGAGCAGUGGGUGUAAGUGGUUAACCUGAAAAACUAUAUCCAUUUUAAAUCUUCA